AUGGGUCCAUUCACCAUUCUAGUGGCUUCAAUCGUGCUUCUCGUUCCGUACUCACAAUGCGGGGAAUUCGAUUUCACUGUGGAGGUGCCCGCCGGCAAGUUCCAGUGCUUCUUCCAACCGGUAGAUCUCGCGAAGCACAAGAUUCUCGAAGUUGACUAUCAAGUAAGAGAGAUAAAUUCGCUCUCUUCGUUAAAACACGUGAUAUUCAGGUGAUCGAUGGUGGUGACUUGAACGUCAAUUUUAUGAUUCUGCACGGUGCCAACAUUCUGAAGCAGGACCAGCUGAAGGUCGACGGAUCGCAUCGGAUCGAGUUGAACGAGCCCGGGGACUACCAAGUCUGCUUCGACAACUCCUUCAGUUACCAGUCAAGGAAAGUAGUAUUCUUUGAAAUAUUCCUGUUCGAUGCUAACGGAAAUCUCGACGAAGCCGAUCUUUCUGCAAUGGCUCGCACCGAUUCGGAUCUUUCUGCUAAAAUGAACGAGCUCGGAGUUACCAUCGACGAAUUCCAUGUAAGUGUUGCAUAAUAAUUCGAGAAGCAAUGAAUACCUCUCAGCGACGAGCCAACGGAAUCAAGAACAAUCUAAACAAGGUGGAGUACCAUCAAGCACUUCUCCGAGCUCACGAAGCCCGCGACCGCGCCGUCAUGAGUGCUAAUUUCGACCGCGUCACCUUCUGGAGCGUUGUUCACACUCUUGUGAUGGUCGGCGUCGCCGGAGUCCAAGUAUUCAUGAUCCGGUCGCUUUUCGAGGAGAACUCCAAAAUUGGAAAUGUUCUUCGGAAAGGAAAAUUCGACUAAAUUUAUACUUUGUUAUAGCAUGCUCUCACCUUUUCAGUCCCUUUGUUGCUUCCUGUCAAUCUCUGAUCUAAGUCAUGUUUAUACUCCGAAGACCAUAAUAGAAAUGUGCAUAAUGUAUUAAUUUAUGGGUUUGUUUUAUCCUUUUUGUUGGGUGUUUUUUAUGAAUCGAAUAAACAUCAUUUAUUGACGAACGUGCUUUUCUCAACGUGAGCAUCCCUUUCCGAUGAUCACGUCGAGGUUGAUCAUUAAUGAAUUCAAUAAAAACAACAUUUCUUCGAUGAAAAAUGAAACCUCACUCAUUAGGAAUUCAUCUUUUUGUUCUUCUGUUCUCGAGCGGACUCAGCACCAGAACAACUCGAUUUUCAAUUCAAAUUCAGCCAGAAACCGAAGAGUGUUUUCAUGAAAAUGUGGAAGAGAACGUCAAAGAGGUUCAGGUGGAUUUCGAGGUGAAUUCAGACUGUGCCGGAGAAUUAACAUGUUGGAUUCAGGAUUAUGUGAACGACGGAGUGCACUUCACAGUGAUGGCGGACGGACGGAAACAGUUCGACAACCGACUAAAGAUCGGAUAUUGGCUGAGUCGCGAUCCUUUGUUCCGAUCUUAUCAAUUCUGUAUUCGGAAUUUUGACCCGACUCCGACGGUAUCCGACAUUUGUUCACAUUCGGAAUAUUCGGGAAGUUUUAGAAAGUGUUCAUCAAAAUCUGGCACGUGGAUCCAUCAGAUCUGAUUGACGAACAGAAACUGACGGAAAUAAACGAGGAAAUGGUCAAACAGCUGGGCAAACUGGCCGUUCCGAUUCACGAGUUGAGCGUGUGAGUUUUCGAUCGAUCCCGUUUCGAACACGCGUUUCCAGCGGAGAGUCGACGCGGUCAAAUGGAAGCUGGAAAAGGCGAAAAGCACGCAGUUGUACUUCCGACGCCACGAACUGAACGACCUGAAACUAAUGCAGAGGAACGACGAUGACGUCUCCUUCUGGAGCGUCUUCUCAAUUUGCUACACGGCUUCCCUCGGCGCCUCCCAACUUUUUUUGAUUCGGACUCUUUUCGAGGAGAACUCCAGAAUUGGACGGAUUCUGAGAAAAGGCUCUCUACACUGA